ACACUCUCUCUCUCUCUCUCUCUCUCUCUUUUUCACACACACACACGCACACGCACGCGCGCACUCCUGUCACCCUGUCUGGGGUAGAUCACCGUUAGCAUACCGUUUGCUUGUUCUUCAGACACAUUUCUUACCAGUGAUAUUAAAAGAGAAACGCCUUCACAUUGAUGAUUUCCGAGAAAUGAUUUUAUAAUCGACCCCCGUGCUGUGCGGACAGACCAUCAGAGUCACAGAAACUUCACGAACUUGUUCAUUCACACAGUCUCUGAGGACUUGCUGAAGGCGGCCAUGGAGUGCCCGCGGUGCUUUCAUGUUUUUAUUCUGACGCUGAUGUUCUGUGUUUAUUAUACACAGAGCAUGGAGAUAAAGCAGGACAUUUCAUCAGAUAAACUGCUUGUACUUACUGUUGCCACAGAAGAGACAGAUGGCUACCUGCGAUUUAUGCUGUCAGCAAACUACUUCAACUACACUGUGAAGGUGCUGGGAAUGGGGGAGACUUGGAAGGGAGGAGAUGUUGGUCGUUCCAUUGGUGGUGGUCAGAAGGUUCGGUUGCUGAAGGAGGCCAUGGAGUCUUUGGCUGAUCAAGAGGACCUGGUGGUUCUUUCUGUGGACAGUUAUGACCUCAUCUUCGCUGGAGGACCUCAAGAGAUUCUUAAAAAGUUCCAACAGUCGAAUCACAAGGUGGUGCUCGCUGCCGAGGGUGUUAUCUGGCCAGAUUCACGUCUGGCUGAGAAGUACCCUUCUGUCCGCAGUGGGAAACGCUUUCUUAACUCUGGAGGCUUUAUUGGCUAUGCUCCAUACAUACACAAGAUUGUGAACCAGUGGAACCUUCACGACAACGAUGACGAUCAGCUAUUCUACUCAAAGAUUUAUGUGGACCCACUUCAAAGGGAAAGGCUUAAUUUGACUUUGGACCACAAGUGUGAGAUUUUCCAAAACUUAAAUGGAGCAGUGGAUGAAGUCCUUCUGAAGUUUGGGACGGAGCGAGUGCGAGUGAGGAACACAGUCUACAACAGCCUGCCGACCGUAAUACAUGGAAAUAUGAACUCCAAGAUAUACUUGAAUUACUUGGCCAACUACAUCCCCAACGCGUGGAACUAUGAGCGAGGCUGUACUAUCUGUGACCACGACAUGGUGGAUUUGUCCCAGCUUAAAGAGUUUCCACGAGUGACUGUUGGUGUAUAUAUUGAACAGCCGACUCCAUUCCUGCCAGAGUUCCUCCAGAGGCUCCUCACACUCGAUUAUCCCAAAGAUAAACUGGAUGUCUUUGUUCAUAACAGUGAGGUUUACCAUGAGAAGCACAUACAGAAAUUCUGGGUGGAAAACAAGGAUGUGUUCCGCAGCUUUAAGGUUGUCGGACCCGAAGAAAACUUGAGUCAAGGGGAAUCACGGAACAUGGGCAUGGAUUUGUGCAGAAAGGAUCUUUUAUGUGACUACUACUUCAGCAUUGAUGCAGAUGUAAUGCUCACCAAUCGACAAACUCUCAAACUCCUCAUGGAGCAAAACAGAAAAAUAAUUGGGCCGCUUGUCACCCGUCAUGGAAAACUGUGGUCCAAUUUUUGGGGAGCCCUAAGCCUGGAUGGUUAUUAUGCAAGAUCAGAGGACUACAUUGAUAUUGUGCAGGGAAAGCGUGUUGGUGUGUGGAAUAUCCCCUUCAUGGCCCACGUCUACCUGAUAAAGGGCCAGACUCUGAGGAAUGAGCUGAAAGAAAAGAAUGUUUUUGUCUUGGAGAAGCUGGAUCCUGACCUGGCCAUGUGCAGGAAUGCCAGAGAGCUGACAAUACAAAGAGAAAGAGAAUCUCCUUCUCCGGAAUCAUUCCAUAUGCUCAGACCCCCAAAGGGAGUUUUCAUGUACAUCACGAAUCGGCACGAGUUUGGAAGGCUCAUUUCAACGGCCAACUACAACACAUCUCAUCAUAACAAUGACUUAUGGCAAAUAUUCGAAAACCCGCUGGACUGGAGAGAGAAAUACAUCCACCCCAACUACACACAGAUUUUCACUGAAAAUCUCUUGGAGCAGCCCUGCCCAGAUGUCUUCUGGUUCCCUGUGCUCUCCGAGAAAGCCUGCAAUGAGCUGGUGGAGGAGAUGGAAAACUAUGGGUCAUGGUCUGGUGGAAAACACCAGGACAAGCGAAUCACUGGAGGCUACGAGAGUGUCCCGACAGAUGACAUACAUAUGAAACAGAUCGAUUUUGAUAAUGAGUGGCUUCACUUUAUCAGAGAAUUCAUCUCUCCUGUGACUCUCAAGGUCUUCUCGGGCUAUUACACCAAGGGCUAUUCUAUUAUGAACUUUGUGGUGAAGUAUACACCAGACAGACAGGCCUAUCUGAGACCGCAUCACGAUUCCUCAACAUUUACCAUCAAUGUUGCUCUGAACAACAAAGGCAUAGACUUUCAGGGUGGAGGAUGUCGAUUUCACAGAUAUAACUGCUCUAUAGAGUCUCCUAGAAAAGGCUGGAGCUUUAUGCAUCCAGGUAGACUCACUCAUCUCCAUGAAGGACUACCUACCACAGGAGGCGCACGCUACAUUGCGGUGUCCUUCAUAGAUCCAUAGGCAUGCACACACGCUGCUGAAAACUAGCCUGAUGUGGUCUCCCAGUUUGGCCAGGCUGUUGAAACUAGUCUGUUUGCUGGUUUUAGAGGGGGUUCUGAUCAGGUUUGAAGACCAUCUGGCAAUCCAAAAACCAGCUUAAGACAGACAUCCACUUCCAGCUGGUUUCAUCUUUUUUUUGUUGCCUUUUUUAAAUUAGAAAUUUGUAUCGUGUCAUCUGUUUGGUUGUGUUUGUUUUUGCUGGAAUAUUCCUGGUUUGUGUGUCGUGUGGCUGUUUGUAUGCUGUCUUCAAAAAUAUUUACUACUGUUUCGAGAGGAGGAAAAAUGCUGUUCAACAGAAGUUUAAUAAAGGUCGCUGCACACAUAGACUCACUCAGACAGACAUACAAACCUUGCUGAGAGAUUUGACUGUAACUCUACUGUAACGUUGGCCACACAUCAGGUCAGUAACUUCAUUUGAAUUGGUUUGGGGUGUUUAGUGUUAGCACUCAUUCGUUGUUGCUGCCUUUAAGUCCUCUUGGGAAGUUCCCUCUUAUAAUUUCAUAAAUUAUUAUGACAAUGUGCUUUCAAGUCAUUUUGGUUGGAAAUCAAAUAGAGGCUAUAGGCUAUUUCAUAUUUCUUUCUCACUUGUUCACAAACAGACUAAAAUGAUUAAUAUUAGUGCAUUUAUGUGUUUAUGUAAUGUCCUAAAUACAAUAAUUCUGACAUGACUUUAAAGGCAGCAAUAUUUUACUGUUCGCCACCCCUCCAGCUGAAAAAGUGGCUGCUUUACUUUUCAUUUUACGUUGUAAAGGAGUUUAUUGUCAAUGUACUGUAAAUCUUGCUUUGUUUAUAUUGGUGAGUUGUUAGUGGGGAUGCAUUAACACACGCCUUCAACAGUUCUUCUGUUUACAGAAAUAAUAUACAGUUAUUGCUGAAGUUACAUGACUUUUACAGCAACUACGAAUUGUGGAUAUAUUGUCAAACAGUACGACCAGCUUCAACAAAGAUAUGUACGACAAAGAAAUAUAAUUUUGUAUCUUUGCACAGCAAGAAACAACAGGGGUGAAAACGAAUCCUGGUUGAAGUUUUUGAGACAAAUGUUUGUUGGUGUUUUACUGUAAAAUACAAGGUAACAUGUAUUUGAAACUGAUAAUGUCUCAGAGAUGUUAAAUGUUUUACUUUCUCUGAAAGUUGUUCCUUAUAAAUGUCUCACCCAGGUCAAUUAACUUAUUUUGAAAU